CUGCUGGCCGCGGCCAUGAAUUCAGCGGAGCAGACCGUUACGUGGCUGAUCACCCUGGGCGUGCUGGAGUCGCCCAAAAAGACCAUCGCGGACCCGGAGGGAUUUUUGCAGUCGUCUCUGAAAGACGGCGUGGUGCUGUGCAGGCUGCUGGACCGCCUGCUCCCCGGCACCAUCGAGAAAGUGUACCCGGAGCCGCGCACGGAGGGCGAGUGCCUGAGCAACAUCCGCGAGUUCCUGCGCGGCUGCGGCGCCUCCCUCCGCCUCGAGACUUUCGAUGCAAAUGAUCUUUAUCAGGGACAGAAUUUCAGCAAGGUUCUCAGCUCUCUAGUCGCUUUAAAUAAGGUGACUGCAGACAUAGGGCUGGGAAGUGACUCUGUAUGUGCCCGGCCCUCAUCUCAUCGGAUAAAGUCUUUUGAUUCCCUUGGAUCCCAGUCUUUGCACAGUAGAACUUCAAAACUCUUUCAGGGACAGUAUCGGAGUUUGGACAUGACAGAUAACAGCAACCAUCAGUUGGUGGUGAGAGCAAAAUUUAAUUUUCAACAGACAAAUGAAGAUGAACUUUCUUUUUCAAAAGGAGAUAUUAUUCAUGUUACAAGAGUGGAAGAAGGAGGCUGGUGGGAAGGAACUCUAAAUGGCAAAACAGGGUGGUUUCCAAGUAACUACGUACGAGAAAUAAAAUCAAAUGAAAAACCGGUCUCCCCCAAAUCAGGUACAUUGAAGAGCCCUCCUAAAGGCUUUGAUACGUCUGCAAUUAGCAAAAGCUAUUACAAUGUGGUGCUACAAAAUAUUUUAGAAACAGAAAAUGAAUAUGCUAAGGAGCUACAGACAAUGCUUUCAAACUACCUGCGACCAUUACAAGCCAGUGAAAAGUUAAACUCAGCAAAUACUUCAUACUUAAUGGGAAACCUGGAAGAAAUAAGUUCUUUCCAGCAAAUGCUUGUACAGUCUUUAGAAGAAUGCACCAAGUUGCCUGAAGCUCAGCAGAGAGUUGGAGGAUGUUUUCUAAAUUUGAUGCCACAAAUGAAAAGCUUAUACCUUGCAUAUUGUGCCAACCAUCCAUCAGCAGUGAAUGUUCUCACAGAACACAGUGAGGAGCUAGGAGAAUUCAUGGAGAUGAAAGGUGCCAACAGCCCUGGGAUCCUUGUAUUGACCACAGGCCUCAGCAAACCUUUUAUGCGUCUGGAUAAAUACCCUACGUUACUCAAAGAACUUGAAAGGCACAUGGAGGAUUAUCAUCCGGAUCGGACAGAUAUACAAAAAUCCAUGACUGCCUUCAAAAAUCUUUCUGCACAAUGUCAAGAAGUACGGAAACGGAAAGAACUUGAACUACAAAUACUGACAGAAGCUAUCCGUUGUUGGGAAGGAGAAGACAUUAAAACACUUGGCAAUGUGAUUUAUAUGUCCCAGGUCAUGAUUCAGUGUGCUGGCAGUGAGGAAAAGAAUGAAAGAUACCUUCUUCUGUUCCCUAACAUUUUGCUAAUGUUGUCUGCCAGCCCGAGAAUGAGUGGGUUCAUCUAUCAGGGAAAACUACCAAUGACAGGAAUGACUAUCACGAAGCUAGAAGACAGUGAAAAUCAUAAAAAUGCAUUUGAAAUAUCAGGAAAUAUGAUUGAAAGGAUACUAGUCUCUUGUAACAACCAACAGGAUUUGCAUGAAUGGGUGGACCACCUGCAGAAACAAACCAAAGUCACAACUGUUGGGAAUCCCACCAUUAAACCUCACUCUGUGCCAUCUCACACGCUUCCUUCCCAUCCAGUAACGCCCUCCAGCAAGCAUUCAGACAGCAAGCCAAUACCACUGACUCCUGCUUACCACACUCUCCCACAUCCAUCCCAUCAUGGGACUCCACAUACCACGAUAAAUUGGGGACCUCUGGAACCUCCUAAAACUCCCAAGCCUUGGAGUCUGAGCUGUUUACGGCCUGCACCUCCGUUACGGCCUUCAGCAGCUCUUUGUUAUAAAGAGGAUCUCAGUAAAAGCCCUAAAACCAUGAAAAAGCUGCUUCCCAAACGCAAGCCGGAACGGAAGCCGUCAGAUGAAGAGUUUGCACUGAGGAAAAGUACAGCUGCUUUAGAAGAAGAUGCACAAAUUCUUAAAGUCAUCGAAGCAUAUUGCACAAGUGCCAAAACACGUCAAACACUAAAUUCAAGUUCCCGUAAAGAAUCAGCUCCCCAAGUCCUGCUUCCAGAAGAAGAAAAAAUUAUUGUAGAAGAAACUAAAAGUAAUGGUCAAACUGUUAUAGAAGAGAAAAGCCUUGUUGACACGGUAUAUGCAUUAAAGGAUGAAGUACAGGAAUUAAGGCAGGAUAACAAGAAGAUGAAGAAAUCAUUGGAAGAAGAGCAAAGAGCUCGCAAGGACUUGGAGAAGCUUGUUAGGAAAGUUCUGAAGAACAUGAAUGACCCAUCAUGGGAUGAAACCAACUUAUAAUGAAUUUUCUUUUUUUUUCUUUCUAUUGAAAGACCAGUUGUAAAACUGAGCUGGGAAGCCUUCUGACGAUAGUCAGUGUUGCAUCAAGAGCACUACAGUACAGGAUUUAACUGGAUCUAGUGUGUUUUUUUUUUUUUUUCCUUGCUCUGAACAUAUAGAAACAGCCAAGCCAUUCACUGAAGCAAUCUAUACUUUAAGUGUGGAAACCAUGGAUCCUGAACUCUACUAAACUUAAUUUGUUUGCAUCUAAAUUACCUCAUUUUGCAGAAAGUGCAGCACCUGACUAAAAGUCCAUGUUUCAGUGGCUUUUUAAUUAAAUAUAUAUUUUUCUUGUAAAUAUCUGUAAUUUUGAAUGCAUAUGAGAUUGAUGUAUCAGGGCUGAUAUGUUUUUUUUUUCUUUUCUCCUGUUGUUAUAAUGGUUACAAGUGUUAGAAAUAAUGGCAAUACUGUCUCACCUAUGGAAAGUAAGAGUUCUUUAUGAAUAAUUACGGAUUUGUUCCAAAUUAACCAUUCAUCACACAAGCAAAUUUAAGGAGCUGUUUUUCCUAUUGACCACUGUAUUUGAAUCCUUUCAUUUAUGCUUGUGUGUACAUUUUAAAUAGUUUACAAUUCUUUAAAAGCAGUAUUAAAUCAAAAUACAGAAAAUUGUUUAUUGACAAUAGAAGUAAUUUUUAACAAAGCAAAUGCCCAUGAGUUAAGUCUCUUUACACUUAUUUGGUGGACUAACUUGCUGUGCUUUGGCCACCAAAAGGCUGAUGUGCAUGCCUGCUUUUUAUGACUGUGAUUUUUAGGUGUUUAUGUACUACAUUUUCUAUUGUUGAGCUUAAAUAUACAGCUGGCUGAUAAUUUAAUGGAUCAUACAUUUUGUUAAAGCAAAAAAAAAAUCAAUUGAAUCCAUUUUUGUGAAUAAAUUGUUGCUAUUUAUUUUUUAUGAUCACAACAAUUAAAUUCUAGCUAACCUUUGUGCAUAAGGCACAUGGGAUAGGCCAGACUUCAUUCAGAGCUCUCUUCUUAUACCACUAUAUAAUGUUCUUUUUUGUCUGGAAUUUCCAGACUGUGGAAGCACAGUCAGUCAUUCCUUUCCCAUCCUGUUUUCUCAAUAUAUUACUGGUUUCCAUCCCACUAGAAUUUAAACAGGAACAAAUCUAGAAAUAAAAGUUUUGUUCAUCAUAGAAAUUCAUAAUUUGCACCUUGUUGACAGUUAAGACAAUGCAUACAGUGAAUAUUGUUGAAAACCUGUUUUCCUUAGUCUGGUAGGUGCAAUUACUGCAAUCCUUUCCUGUAUUUAAAACAGGAGGCGAUAAUUAUUGCAAAUGGUGAGCUUCAGUUGGAGCACUUAACGUUCUAAGUCCCUUAAAGCUCAUUGUAAAAGUUUUACUGAUUUCAGUAGACUGUGGGUCAAGUUCUAACAGCUCAGUUUUGUUUUUGUUUUUUUUUUUCUGCAGUUAACAGCCAAAAGUGGAAGUAUAACACAGACCAGGUUGCACCUUUGGUCCUGACUUUCUAAUGCCCUUUAACUGCUGUUAAAUCUAUUACUUGGACUUCACAAAAAUUAUAAACAUUUGCUCAAGUUGGAUGAUUAAGGCGAUUAUGAUUAAGUUGCUGAAUGAUUAAGAUGAUAAUUUUCAUAUGCAAUUUGAAUCUGAUGAAAAGUGUGUUUUUGAAGCUGUUCUUGACUGAGAAAAGUGGAUAGUUUUUUUCUUCAAUAGGAAUAUUUGAGAAAAUUCUGUGGGAACAAAUACUUAAUAAUAUGAAUAGACAAUUAAUUGUCCAAUUUUAGAGAACUGAACAUAUCUGUAGGUAUUUAAAUUUGUGUUCCUGCAAUUUAAAAUGCUUUCUUUUAAUUCUGAAAGAACAGACUGUGUAAGAAAGAACUAAAACUGUCUAGUGUAGCUCAAUUCCUUAUAUUCACAAACCUUUAAGUUAAUGACAAUUCCUGAUACAAAAAUCUUUUUCUAUUGUUUGGAGUUGCACACAAAUGUGAACUGACAUAUAUAAUUAUCCUCAUAUUUAGAAAAUACUCUCGCUAAAAGCUAAGUGAUACUAAACACUGAAAAUUCAUUGCAUAUUGGCUAAAUUUAGAUUUGGGAAUACCAGUAUAAUUAGAAUUUUGCUAACAUGUUUUUACUUUCUAUAUUUCAGUGUGAAUUUUAAUUUUCUAUUGAGCAUAUGUGAAAGGACAUUCCAGAGGACAAACAUUACAAAACUACAGAGGACAAAACUACGAAAAAGAGGAAAACAUUAAGUUUAGCAGUAUUUAGCAAAUUUUAACUCAGGAACAACUUCUGUCAUAACUUGGUUUUAUUUUACAUUAUAUUGUGAAGAGUAGCAUUGCUGUGUAAAUUUGCUGACACUUCAGUACCUGCGAUUCUUUCUUCUGAUGGUACCCUUAAUACUGAUGUCUAAUGAACAUGCCUUAAACAUUGGGGUUAAGCAGUUGUUAAAAAUGACCAGGACUUAGGAACUGAUUUUGGUCAAGGUGGAUUUGGAUGAUGAUGAUUUUUUUUUUUUUUUUUUUAAAAAGAAAAAAAAUGUUAAUACUGUAUGUAACUUUUGUCCUUAGCUCUAGUGGAGAGAGCGAGAUUCAGGCUUUUGGGAACCAAGGAAUAUCUGAACUUUUCUCUUUUACAAUUUGUUAUACUGUAAAUAGAUUGUAAAUUUCACCAUGUGACCUUCUGAAUUGUUGGGAACUUUCUAUAAGCGUGGAUAAAUGGGGCACUGUUUAUUUAACCUUUGAAAGGGUUAUUUCUUUGCUCUCAUCAUUUAGGGAUGAGGAGAUGAAGCCAUUUCUUAUCCUGUAGAUGUGAAGCACUUUCAGUUCUGAACUGUCCAAAAUGUAGCAUAACAUUUCUCUGUACUUACUGAUGUAUGCUUGUUUGUCUCACCAUGUCAUGACAUCUUAAAGAUUAAACAACUGACUGCGUUUGUAUAAACCUUCUUAAUGCCAAUCAUUUAGGGAAUAUAGGGUGUCUGUUUACAGUAACUGUGGAGAAAUCAAAUUUAGUUUAGAUGUCACAAUAAUACCCUGUUAUGGACUACUAAAGUGUUUAUGCUACAUUGUUGUAAUUAAACCAUGAUUUUUUUCCCCUGUAA